AUGGAGUCUGAGACGCCGAUGCCCAUUGCCAUCGUGGGCAUGUCGUGCCGCCUGCCCGGCGACGUGUCUUCCCCUGGUGACUUCUGGAAGCUGUUGACCAAGGGCCGUAGCGCGUGGUCUAAGAUACCCAGAGGUCGCUUCAACCAGGAGGCUUACAACCAUCCUAAUCCAGAGAAGAAGGGUACAUUAAACUCGCAGGGAGGAUACUUUCUAUCUCAGGAUCUGGAAAUGUUUGAUCUAGGCUUCUUUGAUAUAACGCGCAAGGAAGCUGAGACCAUGGAUCCUACGCAGAGACUCCUUCUCGAAUGCUCGUACGAAGCUCUCGAGAAUGCUGGCAUUCCUAAGGAGUCUAUCUCGGGACGAAAAGUGGGUGUGUUUAUCGGUGGCCCUGACAAUGAACUGGGGAAGGGCAAUCUUCGAGACCUAGACGACUCGGCAAUGUUCGACUGCACAGGUAAUCAAGGGGCAUUCUUGGCCGGGCGAAUAUCGUACUUCUUGAAUUUAUGCGGACCUGCCUUCGCCGUCGACACGGCCUGUUCAUCUAGUAUGCAUGCGUUACACAUCGCUGUCCAGAGUAUACGGUCAGGGGAGUCUGAACAAGCUAUCGUCGCCGCAUCCCACCUCAUCACGCAACCUGAUAUCUGGGUAUCUAUGGCCAAACUAGGGUUAUUUGCCGACUCGGGGAAAACCUACGCAUUUGAUCAUCGCGCAAAGUCCGGGUAUGCAAGAGGCGAGGGAGCGGGGUGUUUGAUCCUUAAGCCGUUACAUAAAGCUCUGGAGGAUAAAGACUACAUUAGGGCUGUCAUUUCUCAUACGGGAAUCAGCCAUAAUGGCCGGACCGUCGGCAUCGUCGCACCUAGCUCGGAAGAGCAAGAAUCGCUGUUACGAAAUGUCCUUUUACAAGCCAAUAUCGAUGCCAAAGAUAUCGGAUUUUUCGAAGCUCACGGAACUGGCACCAGAGUUGGAGAUCCUAUAGAAGCUAAAGCCAUAUAUAAGGCACUUAGCCAGAAGCUAGAUGGAUGCGAUCCAUUAAGUAUUGGGUCGGUGAAGUCGAAUAUUGGUCACCUUGAAAACGCAAGCGGUAUUAUAUCGGUCAUGAAGGCCGCCCUUAUGCUGGAAAAGGGGUUUAUCGUACCGAAUGCCGACUUCGAGAAAGAGAACCCAGCUAUUCCCUUAUCCGAAUGGAAUCUGAAGAUCUCACAAAGGCAGCAGCCGAUCCCUCGAGAUAAGCAGUAUAUAUGCGUAAACAACUUCGGAUACAGCGGAUCGAAUGGACACGCAGUACUCAAGGCGCUGCCAGAGGAGAACGAAAUCGAGUUCCUGGAUGCUGGCAAGUUCGAAGGCCACAUCAAAACAAAACGAUUGUUCGUACUGAGUGGCAACGACGAGGUGGCUGCAAGAAAGAGCAUGGAGCAGCUGGGGAUUUUCCUCGAGCAGCAUGCCGAGCUUUAUCAAAGUACCAUGCCUCGAAACUUGGCCUACACACUAUGCCAACGACGUUCCCAACUACCAUGGCGUGUAGCUUUGGUGGCCGAUAUGUGUAGCAAAUUAGCAGUAGCCCUCAAUGGUGAAGUGUCACCAAAGCGCGCACCCUCUCAAUCACCAAAGAUCGCUUUUGUCUUCACCGGACAGGGCGCGCAAUGGCAUGCCAUGGGUAGGGAGCUGCUAGAGUCACACGCCGUAUUCGCAUCAGCCAUCCAGAGAGCUGACAAACAUCUUCUAUCCGUCGGGGCCGACUUCUCAUUGCUACAGGAGCUGACACGGGAUGAAAAUGAUUCACGUGUUGGCAUGGCCCAUAUUAGUCAACCGAUCUGUACUGCCAUUCAACUUGGACUUGUGGACCUCCUAGUAUCAUGGGGAAUAAACCCUUCUGCCGUCAUAGGUCAUUCUAGCGGGGAAAUAGGUGCGGCCUACGCAACUGGAGCCCUGACGUUAGAAGCGGCCAUGUCUGCAGCGUACUAUCGUGGCCAAGUAAUCAUUGACCUGAAAAAGAACUUUCAAGACGUUCGAGGCUCGAUGAUGGCGGUGGGAAUAGGCGCUGCGGAGUUACAGCCCUUCCUCAAACAGAUACGAGAUCCUUUUCAAGCGGUAGCAGCUUGCGAGAAUUCACCUAGUUCCACCACCGUGUCGGGAGACGCCGAGGCUAUCGAUCAACUUUCCGAUAUGAUGACGAGCAAAAAGAUUUUCAACCGCAAACUCUUUGUUGAUGUCGCCUAUCACAGCCCGCAUAUAAAACUGGUUGCUGAAACAUAUUAUAACAUGAUCGCAGAUGUGGAGUUAAGAAGGGGUGAUGACAAAGUCGAGUUUUUCUCUUCUCUUCGUUCCUGCAAGCUUGCUACCGACGAACUUGGUCCGCAGUAUUGGGUGGACAACCUGACAAAUCCGGUACGUUUCACGACAGCGUUGCAGCUACUUUGCCAAGAAAGUGAACCGGAUAUUCUCAUUGAGAUUGGUCCUCAUGCUGCCCUCAAAGGUCCUAUUAUGCAGACUCUUAAGACGCUUGAGCAGCCAGCUUCUAAAGCGCCGGCAUAUCUUCCAACUCUUGUACGAGGUCGUGAUGCUACCGAGACAUCCCUUGAGCUUGCUGGCCAGCUUUUCGUUCGUGGAUAUGAAGGAAUCGAUUUUUUUAACAUCAACCACAGACGUUCUGAAACGGAGAAGCCCGACAUUAUUCCCUUCCUCUAUACGUAUCCUUGGUCGCGCCAGCGUUGUUGGUACGAAAGUCGGAUCACGCGACAGCAUCGACUCAAGCCGUUUUCACGUCAUGACCUCAUUGGAACGUUGACUGAUUGGAGCAGCGACCUGGAGCCAACGUGGCGCAAUUUCAUCAGGCUAGAGGAACUUCCAUGGUUGCGUGAAUACCGUAUUCAUGAUCGAUCUGUGUUCCCAGUAACCGCCUUCGUCUCUAUGGUUGUAGAGGCGGCCGGUCAACGAGCGGCACUUAAGGGGUUCGAAGCAGGUAGCUUUGAUCUGCACGACAUCGUUAUUCCGGAGCAAUUAUUUUUAGCAGAUGAUGAGCCGGUUGAACUCCUGUUAAGCUUUAGGAAGCAUGCUGCAUCUCAAGCAAGCCGGGAAGAAUUCCACAUCUCUAGUUUCGAGUCCACACGCGGAUGGCUGGAACAUUGUCGUGGUUCUGUGGAGAUCAAAUCUCCACAAAGCGACACUGCAGUGGUUGGCCGCCCCAAGGAAUACUUCAACCCCUCCGAAGGGAAUGAAAUAUCAAUGCCCGGAGCAGGCUUCUACUUCAACCUGAGUUCUGGUGGUAUUAGUUACCCUCAUACCUUUUGGAAUCUGGUGAGUGUCAAGAUGGGCACGCAUGGAGUUAGUGGUCAAGGUGCUCUCCAGGAUACGAAGCUUAUUAUGCCGCUAGCAUAUGAGUCUUCAUAUUUGGCUCAUCCAGCCACGCUAGAACCCCUUAUCCAAGUAUCACAAGCCAGCCUGGGAUUUGACGGAGAUGGUGACCCACAGUUGCCAUCUGCCAUCAAACAGAUCCAUAUCGAUAUUAGCGAUGACUGGGAGAGGAGAUUUGGGUCCAAAUUCGUCGUCCAGUCCACAAAAGAAAUCAAAUCCGGGACUUUCCUGGCCGAACUGUUCUCACCAACAGAGAGCGAGCUGCCUACUGUCUCCAUGUUGGGAUUAGAGCUCGCGCCGCUCAAGACUGCAGCUUCUGAGCUACCUAGUCCCAGAGAGCUAUGCUACAAGGUACAAUGGGAACAAAUUGAAGAACGACACGUUAAUGGCGUGAGCCAUGCCCAUAUCAAAACCCAUGGAGAACGCGUAACGAUAGUGACAGAGCGUACUCGAGACGACACACUGGUAGCGUCACUCUGCGAAGUUAUUGAGGCACAUUCUGGGAUCUCUCCAGAUAUCUCGGGUCUAACCCAAAUCAGCAAUUUCAAUGGCUUUUUCGUGGUGCUCUCAGAGCUUGAUCGCCCCGUUCUAGCCUCAAUGAAUAAGGUCGACUUCGAGAAAGUUCAGAGCAUGCUGACAAGAGCCGGAGGCAUUCUAUGGGUAACAUGCGGCGCAUCCAAGUUUCCUAUGAACCCGAGUACCAACAUGGUACUAGGCCUGUUUCGCACGGCACGAUCAGAGCUUGGAAAGAUGGCCGUUACUCUUGAUCUCGACCCGGAUAGCACAUUGGAUGUCGAGGGUCAAGCUGCGUUGAUUGAAGAUGCAUUUAGGCGAACCAUACUAGCAGAUAACCCCGAAGCCGAGGUUGAAUUCGCCGAACAGGGUGGAGAUCUAGUCGUACCUCGUUUUGUCUCCGACGACGAUAUGAACCUACGACUUCACCGCGAGUUAGGAAAAUCCGAGCCAUACCUUCAACCACUUCGCCAGAACGGACGUCGGUUGCGAGCGGCUACGCAAGCCGAUGGUUCUUUGGACACGCUUUAUUUCGAAGAUGUUUCUGUCGACGAAGACUUUGGCAAAGACCAAGUUGAGAUAGAGGUUGAAGCUAGUAGGCUGAGUCAAGAUGAUAUUUCGGCACUUAUAGGCACCAAGACGUCUGGUGAACCAGAAAGAUCAUGCAGCGGUAUCGUCACUCGCAUAGGCAAGGAUGUUGUCAAUCUUGCUGUUGGGGACAGAGUUUGUGCCUUGGGUGGUGGGCGGCUGGGCACACACACCUGUGUAGCAGCUAACGGUGCUGUCAAGAUUCCAGAAAGUAUGAACUUCGAGGACGCGGCAAUGAUACCAUCCGCCUUCGGCACGGCGUUUUAUGCACUGUCACAAGUCAUUCGCGUCCGAAAGUCAGAACGCGUGCUCAUCCAAGUAAACGACGCUAAAGGAUUGGCAGCGAUACAGAUUGCGCAGCAGCUUGGCGCCAAUGUAUUCGUUGCAGUCCAUGGUAGCGAGAGGAAGGAGUUUGUUGUGAAGUCGUUUGGCGUUAAGUGCAGGAAUGCCUUCGACACGACCAGCAUCUAUUUCAACCGAGACAUACAAGAUGUUACUGGUGGUGCUGGUAUGGAUGUAGUGCUCACCAGCUCAUCUAGGCUGUUGGCCGCAGCCGAUACUCUGAGUAAGGUUUGGGCAAGCAUUGCGCCGUUUGGUCGUAUUGUCCAUAUGCAAGGAGCACUCCAUGAUCACCUUGACGGUUGGAACGCUAGAAUAGAUCUUGCCGAAAACGUCAGUUUUACAUCAAUCAACCUGCUGAACCUGGCUACUACUCGCCCGCGGCUUAUGAGGGAUAUCCUCCGGGACGUCUUGGGAUGCAUGUCAAGAGGGACUUUAAAGCCCCUUAGGAAGCUGGUAACAUUGCGAACGAGCGCACUGGGUACGGGUUUGCAACUGAUCCAGCAGGGCACACUGCAUCCCAUUGUCAUCUCUGCUUGGAAGGGCGACAUGAUAAUGGCAUUGCACUACGCAUCAAAGUGCUUUCUAAACAGCGACGGGACUCACAUCAUCAUCGGUGGCACCGGCGGAUUAGGACGUAGUAUGGCUAGAUGGAUGGUCGCGCACGGCGCUCGGCACAUCGUACUUUUAUCGAGGACCGGGGGAGACGCCAAUAAGCUGAAAGAACUCAUUAACGAGACCCAAGGCAGAGCCAACAUAAUCGUUAAAAUAUGCGAUAUUGCUAACGAAGAAAGCGCUUACCGGUUAGUGAGGGAAUGCGCUGAAACACUUCCACCGAUAUGUGGCGUGGUCCAUGCCGCAAUGAUGCUUCAUGACGGAUUGAUAGAAGAAAUGACCCACGACUCAUAUGUUUCGGCAACUCGUGCUAAAGUUAAGGGUACUUGGAACGUCCAUAAUGCGCUCGAGUCUAUUAAUGCACGGCUUGACUACUUCGUCCUCUUGUCAAGCGCUGCGGGCAUUAUUGGUAGUCGUGGUCAAGCCGCAUAUGCCGCCGCCAACACUUUCCUUGACGGAUUCGCCUCUUGCAGAGCGGCGCAAGGCUUGCCUGGGGUAUCCCUUGACCUUACAGCUGUGGCCGACGCAGGCUACAUUGCCGAGAAUGCGGCGCGAGAGGAUGAGAUUACCAAGAACUUUGGUGGACAGAUCGUUUCCGAGGCCGAGGUCUUAGGGCUUUUGGCGGUGGCCACGUCCGGCAAUUGCGGUGCUCAGUGCUUAACUGGCCUGAAGCUUGUUCCAAGCAACACGGGCACUUUGCCUUACUAUGCGGAUGACCCACGGUUCAAACAUCUCAAAGCGGAGGCCGAUGCUUUGAUACGAGCUGCAGGUAGCGAUUCGGGACAAGCCGUAUCGUAUAGGAAUGCGUUCCGUGCUGCAGCUAGCAACGACGAGGCUCGUCAAGUUGCCAUACAGGGCGUGCUACAGAAGCUAUCCGAAGUUCUGUCAGUAGCACGCGAGGAUGUAGAUGCUCAGCGUACUACGGCAUCGUAUGGUCUAGAUUCCCUGACAGCAAUCGAGGUCCGCAAUUGGAUCACGAGAGAGCUCGGUGCGACUCUUGAGAUUCUAGAGUUAUUAACAAGCACGAAUGUGACGGAUUUGGCUGACUUGAUUGUUUCGCGAACGAAGGCAUAA